AUGGAGAUAGACUCUGUCCCGGAAAAGCAAAACGACGCCGGCCUCGUCGAGGACUCUGGCAAAGGCAGCCGCCUCGUCGGCCGAAUUAGCCGCGCCGAUGCCCUCACAGGCCUUCAAAAGCUCGGCGUAGGGAAUUACCUCUUUCCUCUCCACGCCCAGCUUCUCCUUGAGCUCCUCCACGUUCACCAGCCUCAUCAGCCUUUUCGCCUCCGCGUGCGUCAUCGCAUUCUGUCCAUCCCCCCGGUCGCCGCCGCCGCCGCCGCCGGCGGAGCUGCAGAAGUGGCGGGUUCGGGGAGUGGGUUCGGUCCAGGCGGAAUUGACAAGAAGACUACGCUUAAGACGAAAGUUUGGGAUCUCAGCAAUAUUCAGAUUAUCGAAUAA